GGCGCUUGGAAAAGGAAUUUAUGCAAGUGGCGCAGCAAAAGAUUCAUGAGGAGAAGAAGAGUACUUCAUUAAUAGAAAGAAGUAACAAAAAUGGUGGUUUUGGAGAUGUUAUUCUCUGCAAAGAAGGACAAUGCACAGGAAUGAGCAGUAGAAAACUUGCUACUGUGACCACAUCUACUAUUUUCACCACCACCACCACCACUAAGAAAGAGGAAAUGGAUGGGAAUAAAGCAGAUAGUAACAACCAUUUACCAAUACCAAGGGUUCAAGAAAUACCAAAGGGAUCAAGAUCAGGAAAUGGAGAAGUAGGUGGGGAACAUGAGAAGUUCACCAUUAAUUCAUCUUCGCCAACUUCUGAGCAACAGAAGAUGACCCACGAAGAUAACUAUGUGGACAUUAUGGAUUAUUCUCCAGCAAAAAGAAAGCCUCCCAUACAUAACUAA